GCUGAUUUUCAAAUUCAAUUCAGUUCAUUAAAAAACUAACAAAAACAAACUCAACAAAAUGAUGUUACACAACACAUUCGCGCCGUUCAUUGAAGACUCUCAAUCGAAACGUUUAUUGAUUGUCGAUCUUAAUUACCUAAAGGUCAAGUAAAAGACAAAAAUAUUUUGCUGGAAUUUAAUUUCGUGAUAAAAUCGCUGUGGUGGAAGUAUAUUUACCAUUUAUCUGUACUCGCAUCCAUCAUUGCAAUUGUCAGCCGAUCAUGGUAUAAUGGAAUGUACAUAAAAUUCAUAAGUAAUUGCAAACCGAAACUCAAAUUGUAAUUCAUCGUGGCACCGGUAAUUCGAACACACCUCAGCCAACAGUCGUCUCACGUAUUCGCUGAUUAGCUGACAUUUCACACGAUACAAUGCUGAGUUGGAUAAAAAUAUCGUUGAUGCUAUGCUUUUUUGGAUUCCUUCGGGAAAUUCGGCCGUCGGAACCGUUUGUCACGGAUUAUAUGAUCUAUCCAUGGAGGAAUAUAACGAGUGAAAUGGUGAAUCGUUAUGUCUUCCCCAUUGGCACUUAUUCAUAUGCCGCGCAACUGGUGGUUGUUUUCUUGAUUACGGACUUCCUAAAAUACAAACCGCUGAUAAUCCUGAGUGGCAUUUCUGGCAUUAUUGUCUGGGCAAUACUGAUAUGGACGAAAACGUUACGGGAACUUCAAAUUACUCAAAUAUUUUAUGGAACAUACAUGGCGACAGAGGUUGCCUAUUACACGUACAUCUAUGCCAAAGUUGAGAAACAACACUAUCUCAAAGUGACAUCGCACACACGGGCCGCCAUAUUAACCGGAAAAUUUGUGGCCAGCUCAUUGGGUCAAAUACUCGUUACCACCGAGGCCAUGGAUUAUCGUCAGUUAAACUUCAUAACAUUCGGCGCUCAGAUUGCAUCGGCUGUGUGGGCUGUGUUUUUGCCGAAAGUCAAGACGAGCCUCUAUUUUCAUCGAAACGCUAAUUCCAACGAUGAUUUGAUGAACGACAGUGCGGAUGUGGAGAAGCGAAAUGCGAACAAAAAUCGAUUUCGUGAAGCUUUCCGGCUGCUUUGGACACACUUUCGAUGUGCAUAUAGCAACGUGAACAUAUUGGUCUGGAGUCUUUGGUAUAGUGCGGCGAUGUGUGGCUAUUUGCAAGUGAUUUCGUACAUUCAAGUGUUGUGGACAGAAAUAGAUAACAGUCAAGAGGUCAUUUGGAAUGGUGCCGUCGAAGCAGUGAUCACAUUGUUGGGUGCCGGAGUAGCACUACUGGCUGGUUAUCUUCAUUCAACUAAGCUCAAUCAAAGACGAUCCCUUUUUGCAUUAAUGUUCUUAGCAGCAUGUGAGGGCAGCGCCAUUUUAUUAGCUUCAUCAACACCGCACCGUGUGGUGUCUUACGUUGGCUAUUUGAUAUUUUGCGUGCUGUAUUCAUUCACCAUUACUGUGGCAAGUGCCGAAGUGGCCAAGCAUUUGGAGGAUGACAGUUUCGGUUUGGUUUUCGGCAUAAACACAUUUGUCGCUGUUCUACUCCAAACGAUACUGACUCUAACUGUUAUAUCGGACGAAGGAUUAGCGUUGACCGUAUUUCAACAGUACACCGUAUACGCUGUGUACUUCUUCGUGCUGUCUGCUAUAUAUUUGACAGCUUUCAUUUUUAGCGUAGUGCGAUCAUGUAGACUGAAAUCGACUAAGGAUGAUCCCGUGCAGUUGGCGAACGGAAAUGAUUGAAGAUUGUAGUGCGACAGCAUUCGUAGGAUACAUUGUCAUCUCAAAAUUUAGUUCUAUGUCAGAAAAAUGCUAGUAACAAGAAACUAUAGUGCCGUUUUGAGGACGUCAUGUAGUACCUAAAGUAGAAGGAACGCAGUGCAAUCAUCGCACAAAUGCAUCAUAUACCUCGAUGACUGGGAAAUUAUUGGUAGUUUGCUGCCUAACUUUAGGUAUGAAACGACCUUUAAUUCUUCAGUCGACUUUUCAUACCGCUGAUAGAAAACGUGUUAGGUACCAGGUUUCCGCACAUUUUUCAUCAGCGCUUCAUAAUAUGUUGGAGAAAUCUAGAUGAAAAAGUGAUGUUAGUAUUAGGCCUUAGUUGACUUAUUUUGUUAUUCCAUUGAGUUGCAUUUAUAAUAAAAUUCUUGGAAA